GUGGCCCCCUGUGUUGGCAGAGCAGAGACAAAAUGCAAUUGGUGCUGACAGCCAUGUUGGGGGGGGGGGGGUUGGAUGACAAAUGAGCGGUGAACUAAGAUGGUCUCAGGGGCAGCUGGAGAGGCUGUGUUUUCCAGAAGAGGAGAUGAGAUCGAUUUCUCUUUGGGAGUGAGAAAGAGGUCAGAAAUGAAAAGCUAUCAUUCUGCAAUGAUUAACUUAGGUAGGGCAAAAGUCUCUCUAAUGGUGAUUAUUUCUGAACGUUGUCCCGGUGGGCUCAAGAUAAAGGAACGAAUGUAGGAAGCGCUGCUACAGGGCCCGGGGUGAGAAGUCAGCUGCGGAAGGCUUCACACGAGAUGGCCACAGGCCUGCAGGUGCUCCUUCGAGGGCUCGCACGUCUGCUCUGCUUGCUGUGGGCCCUGCCCCGGGCGGAAGGCGGGAAGGUGCUGGUGUUGCCCAUGGAGGGCAGCCACUGGCUGAGCAUGCAGGACCUGGUGCAGGAGCUGCACGCCCGGGGCCACCAGGCGGUGGUCGUGGCCCCCGAGGUGAAUUUGUUCAUCAGAGAACAGGAAUUCUUUACUCUGCAAACCUAUGCCAUUCCAUAUUCCAGGCAAGUGUACAAGCAACACGUGCUGGGCCACCUGAAAAUGUUCUUGGAGACAGAAAGUACUCUGAAUAAACUCUGGAAAGCCGUGGGAGGUUUACAAAAUCUAUCUGCUUUGUAUGAAAGGUCUUGUACUGGGCUACUUUAUAAUAAGACGCUUCAGAGACAUCUGAAUUCCAGUUCCUUCGAUGUGGCUAUAACAGACCCUGUUUACCCCUGUGGAGCAGUGCUGGCUAAGUACCUGAGUAUUCCGGCUGUGUUUUUUCUGCGUGCUAUUCCCUGUGGCCUAGACUUUGAGGCUACACAGUGUCCAAACCCUUCCUCAUAUGUUCCUGUGUUAUUAACAGAGAAUUCAGACCACAUGACCUUCCUGCAGAGGGUCAAGAACUGGCUCUACCCUCUGCCUCUGAACUUUCUUUGCUAUUUUAUUACGUCUCCUUAUGCAAGGCUCGCCUCUGAGCUCCUGCAGAGAGAGGUGUCCUUGCUGGAUGUUUUCAGCCACGCUUCCAUGUGGCUGUUCAGAGGGGACUUUGUGUUGGACUACCCCAGACCCAUCAUGCCCAACAUGGUCUUCAUCGGGGGCAUCAACUGUGCCAACCAGAAGCCACUCUCGCAGGUCUGUAUUUGUUUCUUGAUUCAAUUCAAGUUUUAGGAACAAUAACUUUUAAGGCAGUCUAUUCUCAUAUGCUCUCCUCCUCUCGUCUUUCCAGAGAGUUCUUUCUAAUAGUCUUUGGUGACUUAAAUGCUAUAGGUGUUCAUAGU